CUCGGCAAAUGAUGCGUCUUCAAAUUGAAGAUGGCGAGGACAUUGGUUUUUGGAUGCACGCCAAAGCUGUCUUCAAUCGUGAAUUUCACACCAUGAACACCAAUAUUCACGCUCUUGCCCUUUUCUUGCAUCCGAGACGAAAAAAUGCAUGCACACAUGCACACUCAGAACAAUGGUAGCAUUGACACGGACCUGGCGACAGAUCUCAAUGCAAAUUUCACAUGGACACCUCCACUGGCAAGCCGAAGCCAGGUUGACGACGAGCUGGAGGGGCCGGAAAGCUUAACGGAGGAUGAGGUUGCAGCUGCCUUUGACGAGAUCGAGCAAUGCAUUGCGGAAUUCCCAUCAGCUAUUGAUCCCCAGCUGGAAGGGUACGAGAUCUUGGCGGGAAAGGUGUACGACAUCGCCGAGCUGGAACAGGUUGACAAAGGAAUUGUCCCCGCAGCUUUCGAAGAUAAUGUUCAGCAGGUGGGAUCUGACUCGGAGGAUGGUUUGUCUUGGGAUGUGCAGUCUCUGUUGACUAUGAAGGGUGUCUCGUCAAUGUAAUAAUCAGUAGUAUUAUGCAACGUUGAUGCAAUGUGUCUGGGAGUUUUGCCAAGUUUUGCCAGUGCGCCAAGUGCCAGUUGUGCCGGCACUUGGUCGCAACUCAGCCCAAAGUAGUUUUGCCCCCUACACUAUGUAUUUGCCAGAAUCCAUAU